CCUCACCCCCCCCUCCCCACCCCCACCCCACACACACACAAAAAAAAAACUUUUAAAGAAGCAAAUAAUCUCUUUAAUUUCCAAAAAAUUUGACCAUGGUGGUGUUGUCUAGGCAAGUAGUUAAUGAACAAUUAUCCUCCAUAAUCAAGAAUUACAAAUCCCCUUUCCCUUGUAAUAAUUAUAUUCCACAAAUUGAUAUUUCAAAACCAGAAAGCAAGAAUCAACUUGUUAAAGCUUGUGAAGAAUUUGGUUUCUUUAAAGUUGUAGAUCAUGGUGUCCCUAUGGAAUUUAUUACAAAACUUGAAUUAGAAGCCAUAAAAUUCUUUUCAUCUCCUAUGUCUCAAAAAGAAAAAAUAGGACCCCUUGACCCUUUUGGCUAUGGGAAUAAGAAAAUUGGACCUAAUGGUGAUGUUGGUUGGGUUGAAUACAUUCUUUUGUCAACAAAUUCUGACUUCAAUUACCAAAAAUUUGCAUCUAUUUUGGGUCUCAAUCCAAAAGAUAUAAGAGAUGCUGUGAAUGAUUAUGUACUAGCAAUGAAGAAAAUGGCUUGUGAGAUUCUUGAAAUGUUAGCUGAGGGAUUAAAAAUUCAUCCAAAAAAUGUAUUUAGUAAGCUUUUAAUGGAUGAAAAAAGUGAUUCACUUUUUAGGUUAAAUCAUUAUCCUCCAUGUCCUGAUGAAUUUCAAGAAUAUAAUGGAAGAAAUUUAAUUGGAUUUGGUGAACAUACUGAUCCACAAAUUAUUUCUUUAUUAAGAUCUAAUAACACUUGUGGACUUCAAAUUUCACUUGUUGAUGGACAUUGGAUUUCUGUCCCACCUGAUCAAAAUUCAUUCUUCAUCAAUGUUGGUGAUUCAUUGCAGGUGAUGACAAAUGGGAGGUUUAAGAGUGUAAAACAUAGAGUUUUGGCCAAUAGUGUAAAAUCAAGACUCUCAAUGAUUUAUUUUGGAGGACCACCAUUGAGUGAAAAGAUAGCACCAUUGGCAUCACUAUUAAUAAAAGGGGAUGAAGACAGCUUGUACAAAGAAUUUACAUGGUUUGAGUACAAAAGUUCAGCAUAUAAAUCUAGAUUGGCUGAUAAUAGGUUGGUCCUAUUUGAGAAAUUAAAGUAGUAUAGCCUCAUCAUAAUGAUUUUUUUUUUUUGUUCAUAGCAACUAUGGGGUGUCAAAUAGUGAUUUUUCCAUAGAUAGAAUUUCUCUUUCUUUAUGUCACGAGUUCGAAUAGUAAAAGCAAUUUUCAAUCUUUGUAUUAAGGUAGACUGUGUAUAUCACGUCUCUUAAAGUAUGGUCCUUUCUCGGAUCUUGCUAACACGAAAUAUUUUACUUUUAUAUAUCAA